GUCUGUGUGCAUGUGUUUGUGUUCAUGGCAUGAGGGAGAGUGUGUUUGUCUCUGUGCCCAUGUGCAGAGAAUGAGAGUAGAGUGCGUGUCUGUGUUCGUGUGUGUGUCUGUAUGCGUGCAUCUGUGUGUGUGCAUGCAUGUGUCUGUUCAUGGCAGGGAGAGUGUUUGUGUUUGUGUCUCCUUGUGCAGAGACUGAGUGAGUGGAGUGCAUACCCAUUUGCAUGUGUGCAUGCAUGUGUCUGUGUUCAUGGCAGGAGGGAGAGUAUUUGUGUGUCUGUGUGCAAAGAGUGAGUGAGUAGAGUGCACGCCUGUCUGCGUGUCUGUGCACAUGCAUGUGUGAGUGCAUGCAUCUGUGUUCGUGGCAGGGAGAAUACUUUUGUGUCUGUGUCCACGUGGAGAGUGAGUGAGAGUGUGUGCGUGCCCAUCUGUGUGUGUGCCUGUGUGUGUGUGUAUGUUUGGCCAUAGCAGAGGAGGGGGGUAGGUAGCGAGGAGAGGAGGCAGGCAUGUACCCACUCACCCCCAGCCCCAGCAGGGUCCACCCAGCCUCCCCUGCCAGCACCAGGAGGGGAAGAGACCCUUCCUCCACCUCUCUGUAGCCCAGCUCCCGUGAGGCCAGGAGACCUCCAGUUUUGUGUUUGCCCAGGGCACCAGUACACCUUAAUCCGCCCCUGGCAGGGGGUGGAGCAGGACUAGACCUGGAGCAGUGGCGAGGAGCGGGCAGCAGGGCCAAUCCAGAGUGGCAGGUAGAGGGUGGGCCAGACCUGGGGGGGGCGGGCCGCGGCAGGGAGGCCCUGUCAUUCUUGACCGGCAAUUUGCUAGUUUUUAGUAUCAUCCCUUCUUUCAUGCUCCCAGAUUUUUGGAAAAUUCUACUUCUGUUCUGAAUUUGUACAUUAUUAAUUUCUCCCUAAAAGUUGAGCAAAAGGUUUAGCUGAGCUCAAAAAUAAUUUUGUCUUGUGUUAAGAAAUUCUACAGGUUUCUUGCUUUCUUGCAUCUUUCUUAUGCUACGUGCACCAAGUUGGCUUUGCUGGAAUAAAACUGAUAGCUUGAAAAUUAUUUCCUGUUCAGUAUUGACUAAAGAAAAUUCAGUUUCCAAAAGGAGACAUUAGGAGAAAUGCAUUGUACCUACAUUCACAACUAUUCAAAGGAAUGUACAGUUUUGCGGUGUCCUCAUCUAAGACCACCUUCUAGAUCACUAACGUCUCCAGGUGUUUCCAGGAAAGCUGGCACCAGCCUAGUGUACUACUUAAUUGUAGGAGGAGCAGUCACUGGGACAGGAGCUUAUGUGUACACGACACUGAAAGAAAGCAAGGAGCGGUACAAUGACCGCAUUGCAAAAAUAGCUAUGCACUCUGAACAAGAAGAAAAGCUCCGUUCUGAAGGGGGUGCUGCCUCCCAGAGUCCAGCAGCUCCAGAAAGUACUCAUCCUGAGGUUCCAUCUCAUACUCCUUUUUUGCUAAUUGGUGGAGGCACUGCUGCUUUUGCUGCUGCUCGAUCCAUUCGGGCUCGUGAUCCUGGGGCAAGGGUGCUGAUUGUGUCUGAAGAUCCUGAGCUACCCUAUAUGCGUCCCCCUCUUUCCAAAGAAUUAUGGUUUUCAGAAGAUCCAAAUGUCACAGAAACUCUUCAAUUCAAGCAGUGGAAUGGCAAAGAGAGAAGUAUAUAUUUCCAGCCUCCUUCUUUCUACGUCCCUGCUCGUGAUUUGCCUUAUAUAGAGAAUGGUGGAGUAGCCAUCCUCACUGGCAAGAAGGUGGUUCACAUGGAUGUCAGAGGCAACACAGUGAAACUUGAUGAUGGCACCCAGAUAUCCUAUGAUAAAUGUUUAAUUGCCACAGGUGGUUCCCCAAGGAAUCUUCUUGCAAUCGAGAGGGCAGGAAAAGAUGUGCAGAAAAGGGUGACGCUAUUCCGGAAGAUUGAGGACUUCAGAGCUCUAGAAAAGAUUUCAAGGGAAGUCAAGUCCAUCACCAUUAUUGGUGGUGGCUUUCUGGGAAGUGAGCUGGCCUGUGCUUUGGGAAGAAGGGCACAAACUACAGGGUCAGAGGUGAUUCAAAUGUUUCCAGAAAAUGGCAACAUGGGCAAGGUCCUCCCUGAGUAUCUGAGUAACUGGACUACAAACAAAGUCAAAAGAGAGGGUGUUAAUGUUGUGUCCAGUGCUGUGGUGAAGUCCAUCUCUGUCUGUGCCAACCGGCUGUUGAUUAAACUGAAGGAUGGAAGAAAGGUAGAGACCGAUCAUAUUGUGGCAGCAGUGGGCCUGGAGCCCAAUGUGGAAUUAGCAAAGUCUGCUGGCCUGGAGGUAGACUCUGAUUUUGGAGGGUUCAGGGUGAAUGCAGAGCUGCAGGCACGCUCCAAUAUCUGGGUGGCAGGGGAUGCUGCCUGCUUCUACGAUAUCAAGCUAGGCAGAAGGCGUGUGGAGCAUCACGAUCAUGCUGUUGUGAGUGGAAGAUUAGCCGGAGAGAACAUGACGGGAGCUUCUAAGCCAUAUUGGCAUCAGUCAAUGUUCUGGUAGGUUUGUUUGAUUCUCUUGCAGUA